AUGCCCGCGACAGAAGUCGAAUACCACCCAAGACACCAUGUGGCGGCCCGCCAACCGACUGCGAUCAUGCCUCGUGCUCAAGAAGAGCGCCCGCAGAGGCUGGUCAAGCGGUACCGCACCGAGAUCGCCGCAAGCACUUCGAGCAUGUUCUCGACCGUCCUCGCAUUUCCCCUCGAUAGCGUGAAAACGCGAAUGCAAACCUACAGAUAUGAAGGCUUCCUCGAUUGCGUGAAGCACACCUACCGCACCGAGAACCUGAGAGGCUUCUUUCGGGGUGUACUCGCCCCUAUGGCCAGCGUCACUCUUGUGCGGACCAUUUCCUUUUCGAUUUACCAGCGCGCCAAGUACACGUACUCUGGCUGGAUCAAGCAAGCGUGGGGAGUCGACGUCCUGCAGCACGUCAACAAAAAGGGAACCUAUCCGAACUUUUACUCCGUCGCCUGCUUUGGAGUCGCUGGUGCAACCGCCGGUUCCUGCAUCACGCUCAUCGCCUGCCCCUUCGAAUUGACCAAACUCAGCGCACAAGUCGCCGUCCUACUAUCCGAUCAGAAGAAGCUCGCCGAAGCCAACUGCCGGGCUUCGAAUGGCCACCAGGUUGCGGCCAGUUACCAAAAUAAGGGCACCUUCAAAACCAUGUCCAACAUCAUUCGUCACCGGGGUGCUUUGGGGCUUUACACUGGCUUCAACUUGCACUUGUUGCGAGACACCCUGGGAACUGCCAUUUACUUCAUGGUAUAUGAGAGCGGCAAGCAGCUCGGAACUACAUUCGGCGGCGACCAUCCCACUACUAACAAGCUGGCCGUUGUCGUAUCUGGAGGUCUUUGCGGGAUAGUGUCCUGGGCAAUGAUCUGUACUGACUCCUGUGCCCCUGUCUGGUUACAGAGCGCUAACGCUGCGGCAGAUCCCAUCGACUCGGCAAAGAGCAUCUAUCAACGCAAUUCUCUGCUGUACUCCAAGGGACAGCAGGUCGAGCCACCUCCGAAGAUUGAAUUCUUCAAGAAACACAUGUACCGCGGCCUGGGAGUAUCCAUGGGACGGUCAUGCGCUGUAAAUGCCAUCUUUUUCUCUGCCUUUGAAUUCAUGAAGAAGCACGUCAAUUCGCUGGAUGACGAGUAA